AUGUGUAGGCUAAUAAUUUGGGAUAAGGCACCUGUGGUAAAUCGUUGUGCUGUAGAAUUUGUAGACAAAAUGCUUAGAGACAUCACUGAUUGUAACUUGCCUUUUGGUGGAAAAGUAAUAGUUUUAGGAGGCGAUUUUGGACAAAUUCUACCAGCUGUACCUAAGGGAAACAAAAAAGACAUAAUAAAGGCUAACAUGAUUUACUCUUAUUUGUGGCCUUCUUUUGUACAUUUAGCACUGGUUGAAAAUAUGAGAGCGAAUCAAAGUUUCACGUACUAUAGUUUUGAUGAAACAAUUGAGAAAUUAGAACAAAGCCUACAGGAAGACUUUUUGAAUACUUUGACACCAAAUGGUAUUCCACUUCAUGAGUUGAAACUGAAGAUGAAUUGUCUUGUAAUGUUAUUACGAAAUAUCAAUCAUUCCGAGGGGUUAUGUAAUGGAACACGCCUUAUCUAUCGAAAAUUUGAGAGAAAUGUCAUUCUUGUUGAAAUCACAACUGGUAAAUAUCGUGGAAAACAAGUUUUCUUACCUAGGAUCCCUUUCAUACCUCUUAAAACUGAUCGAACUACGAUUCCAUUUAAAAGGACUCAAUUCCCAAUUAGACCGUGCUUUGCAAUGACAAUAAAUAAAGCACAGGAUCAGCCACUUGAUUUCGUGGGUUUGUACAUACCAGAACCAGUUUUCUGCCAUGGUCAAUUAUAUGUAGCACUGUCAAGAGCAAAAACAAGCAGAUCUAUUAAAGUUCUACUCAAACCGUCCAAUGAAAAUCAUACACACAACUCAUGUACUAAAAAUGUUUUGUACAAGGAGGAUGCCUUACAAACGACGGAAGCAUUAAUGGUUGAUGAAGGGAGAUUGAGGUCAAUUUUUUAG